UAAUUAAAGUGAGUAGGAGCUACAGGAUAAAGUUUGCUAGUAUUUUUGAAACAUUGAUACACAGUACGUUUAAUUAACCGUUGGUGUCAGUGAUUUACAUUACCUGUAUUAUCUUUCAAAUUAAAUUUUGAAUACUAAAAAAAAAGGGUGAACAUUUUUAAAUGAUGUCGAAUAUUGAAUUGUAGAUUAAAGUUGAUUUGUUGUCAAUUCUAUGGUCUAGUGUAAUUAAGAACGUAAUAAUUCUAUCAUGGUGAGAACUUCGAUUUGUUUUUUUAUAUGUGUACUCGUAUUACAAGAAUCUUACGCACACUAUCCUGUUGUUUAUUCGUCUCAAUCGCCACAGUCAAAUGGAGAUUACUAUAGAACAUGUGCUCCACGUGUAAGAUGUGAUCCGAAUUCAAAAUAUAGAACUUUUAACGGAUCGUGUAAUAAUCUAGAUCAUGCAUUGUGGGGCUCAACAAAUACACCUCAUCUUAGACUUGUUGAUGCGGUUUAUAGUGGUGGCGAACGAGAAUUCCGUAGGCAAUCAAAUGGGGCACCAUUGCCUGGCCCUCGAGAAUUACAACUCUGCUUGUUAACCGAAAAUAAUGAUAUUUAUGAUGAUUACAACGUUCAUUUAAUGCAAUGGGGACAAUUUGUUGCACACGAUAUUACUCUACUGCCACCAGAUGACGAAGGACCUGCAAACUGUUGUGCUCUUAAUCAAAAUCAAUUAAGAAAUAUUCCAUAUCAAUGUAGAGCAGUAAUAUUACUUCCAAUGAAUGAUCCGAUGAAUUAUGGUGGAAGAACUUGCCUUCCCUUUAGACGAGCAGUAACUUCUUCAAAUUUUAGUUGCUCACAAUUACCAAAUAUAUUCAUGGUACAAACAUCUCAAUAUAUUGAUGGUUCUCAUAUUUAUGGACCGGAUGAUACUACGGCAGCAUCACUUAGAACAUUUAAUGAUGGUUUAUUAAGAUCAGAAAUUUUACGCAACGGUAAAGAAUACUGUCCACAGCGCAGAAGACAAUCUCGAGAGUGUGAUAAUCGACCAAAUGUUAAUGUUUGUUUUGAUGCCGGUGAUGGUCGUGUAAAUCAAAAUCUUGGAAUUGCAUCAUAUCAAAAUGUGUUUUUGAGGCUUCACAACUUCUUAGCGAAAAAUUUUAGAAGAAUGAAUCAACAAUGGUCUGAUGAAGUUAUCUAUCAAGAAGUUCGAAGAAUUAUUGGAGCUAUUAUACAAGUCAUUACUUAUAGAGAUUUCAUACCUAACUUGAUAGGAAGAAGGUUUUCAGAAGAAAAUGGGCUUUCAAUUUUUAAAAGUAAAACAACCUAUGAUAGAACAUUAAUUUCUUCGACAGGACUUGAAUUUUCAGUAGCCGCUUAUAGAGUUCCUCACAAUAUCAUUCCGAAUCAACUGAAUUAUUUUGAUGAGCGUCAUAAUUAUAUCAUGUCUGUCAAUUUAACUGAUUGGAUGGACAAUCCUGAGCAAUUACAAUACGAGUCAAAUUUAGACCAUUUGAUGAUUGGCAUGUCAGAUACUGCUGGUCGGAAAAAUCAACCUUCAUAUAACAAUCUAAUUUCAAAUGUUAUGUUUCAUUUUCAUUAUCCCGGAGCUACUGAUAUGAGUUUGAUAGCUUCAGACAUCCAAAGAGGACGUGAUACUGGUUUACCACCAUACUUUGUUGUCCGACAACAAUGUCGAUUAUCUGCUGUAAGAAGUUUUGAAGAUCUUCAUGCUUUUAUGCCACCAAAUGAAGUAAAUAUAUUGAAGAAAACGUAUAAUUCUGUUUACGAUAUUGAUUUGAUAGUUGGAAUGUUAUUAGAGAUCCCAGAACAAGAUUCAAUGAUUGGUCCAACCGCUAAAUGUAUUAUAGCGGAUGGAUUUUAUAGAUACCGAUACGGUGAUAGAUUUUUCUUUGAUGUUCCAGGUCAACCCGGUAGCUUUUCUAAGGAACAAGUAGAAACGCUUAAAAAUAUUAAUAUGGGUCAUAUAUUCUGUGCCACUACAACAAUGUACGAUAUACCAAAAGAUUUCUUCCGUACGUUCGACAAACGAAGUCAUUCAUCUGAAAAAUUCAAUUGUAAAGAUUUAAAAAAUAAAUUAGUCACUCUAAUGAAUGCAUGGAAAACAAACAGAAGAAACUAAUUAUCAGUCAGAAAUUGUAUUUUGUUUUGUUAUAUUAAACAAGAAUUAUCAAUAAUGCAAUAUAAUUUUACCUUAAAUUUCUUUUUAUAUAUUUAAUUUUUAUUGUGAAGUGUUGUAUGCAAGCUUACUUGGCCACUGACACAAAUACACUCAUACAAUUUAAUAAUAAGAGCGUUAAACAAUAAUA